AUGUUUGUAGUAAUAGACAACAGAUCAAACUACAAAAUAUUAGAAGAUAGUGAAGUUUUUCACCAAAGCUCCAAUACCCUGGCUCAUUCACCUAAGCAUGAAGUUCUUGCUUUAUUAGUUCCUAAUGAUUAUACUGAAUGGAGUUAUCGUUUUGCAGAAACUUUAGACUAUUUCGGUUUAUGGCGCAGGGGUAAAGACGUCGUUAAAUUAGGGAAAAACACGCUUAUGAAAUAUGAGGACCUAAAUAGUUUAGCAAUACAUAGAAGGCAGUUAGCUAUCCCGCGCUUAGAUAGUAGCGCAAAUCAUGUUUUAGUAAUGUAUGGUGGCAUUCAUGAACCGGUUGUACUUUAUAUUUGUAGAGAAGGAAAGUAUUAUCCAAAAUCAUUUGAUAAAGCAAUAAAACAAAAUAAUAAAUCGGAUUACGUUAAAGGAACUGAUAUAUGUGGCAAGUUUGAUACGAACCAACCAAGUGGAAAAUAUAAAAUAGAAGGGAUACGAGGAAAGUUUGAUAAAGAAAACGGUUAUAGUGAACUAUAG